GAUUGUUGACUUCUUGUUUUAAAAACUCGACUAGAAAGAAAGAAAAGCGUUUCAACUCGGAUUUGAUUGAUGAUAAAUCCUGAGCCUGAGGUUACCAAAUCCCUAAAUAUUACACUAUAAAACUAGUUUCCGAAACUGUAAAAUACUCCAUUCUCUUCCUCAUUCACACAAUUGUAUUCUUCACAUUCUCACUCAGUGGAUUGUGGUUUAGAUGGAUUGGCAAGGGCAAAAGCUAGCGGAGCAGCUGAUGCAGAUAUUGCUAUUGGCAUUCGCUGCGGUUUCUUUCGGAACUGGCUAUGUAUUGGGAUCUUUCCAGAUGAUGAUGCUAAUAUACGCUGGCGGUGUGGUUCUCACCACAUUGGUGACAGUCCCCAAUUGGCCUUUCUUCAAUCGCCACCCGCUCAAGUGGUUGGACCCCAGCGAGGCCGAGAAGCAUCCCAAGCCGCAACAGCAGCAGGCCGUGAGUUCGAAGAAGAAACCCGCUAAGAAGUAGGUCAGUUUGACUGAUCUAUCUUAGUAUAAGCAAAUUUGAUAGGGGUUGAAAAUCGAUGUUUUUGUGACGUUUAUUUUUCCUUCCUGAUAUGGAUAAUACAGUGUAUUUGAUUGCCCUGAAUUUUGGACCUUGAGACAAUGGGUAGAAAGAAUUUUCUUUUCUUGGUUUUGAUCA